CUUAUUUUGCAUGUUAACAUGAACCAUGCAAUCUAUCACACACUAAGAAUAUCACAUUCCUUCUUGCCAGGGCCAGAAAAAAGCUGGACAGACUUAAAAGUGACUUUCGGGAAAUUCAGUAGUUUACCUCAAACAAUACGUGAUGCUGAGAAAGGAGGUUGGAAAAAAACCGCAUCAUGUGAUGAUGUAUCGUCGUACUUCCUUGGCAAUCGUUACGUCCUUGGCAGCGAUACGUCGACCAUGGUGCUUUACGAUAGCAAAGGAGAUUUCGCAGGAAUACAGUUUGGGAUAGCAAAAUCCUUGGCAACGCAGAAAAUGUUCAUAAAAAAAAAGAGUCACUGGAAUGAGGAAGGGGAUUCUUUUGUAAUGACAGCCUACUUUACCCACCCCUCGCGUGUUUGCCAGGGAGAACGCACCGAAGACGGUUUGUUUAUUCAAACCGGACCAACUCCAAAUGAUUUGAUGAGUAUUCCUUACGAGGAAAGUAAUCUGGGUCCCACACCUUGGGUGAAAGGAAAGUGCUUCUUUUUGAUGGGUCAACAUUACUGGUUCAACAUAUCCAAGGAGAUGCAUUGCGAUGAUUUGUUCCCGGUUUUCUUGUUGUACAACAAACAAAAAUUGACAGGCUUUGGUUGGGCAAUGAUCGCCGACUUUCAAACCACCGCGCGUGUUGAACAUCCAACCCAAAGUAUAUUUAAGUACUUCGCCGCAGAAGAGACAGAACCCAAGUGUUUGACCGAAAUUUCGAAAGCAGGAAUCAAGCUCACCACCCAACACGUCUAUUUGAAAAAGUAUCCAUGGUUCAUCGUUUGUCCACUCUUUGGAUAGAUGCAUGAAAUGAACGCAUUGCCGGGAUCGGGAAGUUUUAAACUUUUAAAACAGACUAUAGUA